AUGGGAGUCCACGUCCACGAACAUUGCCUCAAAAUGGCCCGGCGGGAAGACGGGACACCGUGGUGGUCAGCUUUUCCAGAGCCCAGUUCAUCACCGGUCAAGAUAACCUGGUCUGAGGUCGCCCGGCUUCUUCAAGACCGAGACCAAUCUCAACCCCGUGAGUUCCUGUUGGUCGACACCCGGCGAACAGACUGCAUCGGAGGAACCAUCCAGGGGUCCCUGAACAUUCCGGCUCACAGUUUCUACUUGAUGAGAGUGAUGCUCUAUGAUUUGUGCAAACAGGCGGGUAUCAAGAGGAUAGUCUUCUAUUGUGGUGAGUGUUGCCCUCUUUUUCACUGCAUCCGCCUAUCCGAGGCUAACCGCCGUGGCCAGGCUCCUCCAACGGCCGAGGACCAAGAUGCGCCGCUUGGAUGCAGGACUAUAUCAAUUCUGUUUCUGACGGGUCUGGUUCCGACUACGAAUCUGACUCGGGGUGCUCGGCGGAGAUGA